AUGGGUCAAGGUUAUUCCAUCAACGUUUCUGCUGGCUCAGCUGGUAUUGAUGUUCCUGAACUUGCCGAUCUCGAGACAGAGAGGAGUCUAGGUGCUGUGCGGUUCAUGAAAACGAUCCGCGCAAGACACAAAGAUGGACUCGUGAUUGCCAAGGUCUUCAUCAAGCCAUACCCCAACUUGAAGCUCGAGGACUACUCGCGAAAGUUGUUUUACCAGAGGAGAGAGCUCACAGACGUACCGAACACUUUGCCUUACCACCGCAUCAUCGAAACCGCAACAAAUGGCUACCUUGUCCGCCAAUAUAUCCACAGCUCUCUCUAUGACAGGAUCAGCACUAACCCAUCGCUUGAGGAUAUCGAGAGGAAGUGGAUCGCAUACCAGCUUUUGUGUGCUGUCAGAGAGUCACAUGCGAAGAACAUCUGCCAUGGAGACAUCAAGACCGAGAACAUGCUUGUGACAACCUGGAAUUGGCUAUACCUGACUGACUUCUCCACUGCGUUCAAGCCUGGUCGCUUACCUGAGAACAACCCCGCAACAUUCUCCAUCUUCUUCGAUACCACUGGCCGUCGCAUCUGUUAUGUUGCGCCUGAGCGAUUUGUAGACGAUGAGCAACUCAGAGAACAUGAGCCAAACCCGCAGGAUGACGAUUACGAGAGAAAGAAUAGAGAGACAUGGCAUGAAGUCACCUGGCCAAUGGAUAUCUUCAGUGUAGGAUGUGUCAUUGCCGAGCUCUUCACCGAAAAACCCACCUUCACACUCAGUCAGCUGUUCAAAUAUCGCAGAGGAGACUAUGAUCCGACACACACGACCUUGAACAACAUCAAGGAUGAAAACAUCCGAGAGAUGGUUGCUCACAUGAUUCAGCUUGAUCCAGCAAAACGCUAUAGCGCCGAGGAUUACUUACAGUUCUGGCGAGGCAAGUGCUUCCCAGACUACUUCUACACAUUCUUGCAUCAGUACAUGCAUCUCAUCACAGAUCCGACGUCCGGUAGAAAACCAGUUGUGGUUGGAGCAAAGAAUUCGGGAGGAUCAGAUGAUCGCAUCGAGCGCAUCAACGCCGAUUUUGACAAGAUCUCGUACUUCCUAGGAUUCUCCGACGUGAACAAGCUCGAAAAGUCCACUCGUGCACCUAUCACCUCAGGUCUGGAUUUGUUCCCACUCCAGGUGGACUUGCCAAACAACAGGCAUGAUGCAGCAGACCGUGCUGGGAGUGUUCAAGACAACGGCGCUCUUCUCUUCNNCCUCAAUGUUGUGAUUUCGGCCUUGCGAACAACUGCUCGCGCCAGCUCCAAGAUCAGAGGUUGCGAACUACUCCUGGCUCUAGGCGAAAGAUUAACCGACGAAGCAAAGCUCGAUCGCGUGCUGCCAUAUGCUAUUGCUCUGCUGGAGGACGAGUCAGAGAAUGUUAGAAUGGCUGCUCUGAGGACCAUCACACAGCUUUUGGCCAUCGUCACUGUUCUGUCACCAAUGAACGUCUUCAUAUUCCCCAACUACCUGCUACCUCGCCUGCAGAAGUUUGUUGCAAGUCCUAUGUUCCGUAAAUCAGGACCAUUGAGAGCGACAUAUGCAACUUGUCUUGCAAGUUUAGCUACAACAGCUGCCAGAUUUCUAGACAUGAUGCAAGCAUUGCGCGCCGAUGGUUCUUUACCCUCAACAGAUCCAGAAGCAGAGGACGAUAUCACUUCAUACGCUGCCUACCAAAACACCUAUGACACAACUCGCGAAGACCUCAUCCAGCAUUUCGAAGCGCAGACCAAGCUCUUCCUGCAAGACGAUGACUCCUCUGUCAAGAGAGCUUUCCUAGGCUCUGUCACCAACCUUUGCGUGUUCUUCGGCGAGACCAUUGCAAGUGAUCUGAUCCUUACUCAUUUGAACACAUAUCUUAAUGAUGAGGACUGGACGUUGAAGUGUGCUUUCUUCGAGACUAUAGUUGGUGUUGCUGCCUUCAUUGGCGGACCAAGUUUGGAAGAUUUCAUACUUCCGCUAAUGAUACAGGCAUUGACUGAUCCUGAAGAAACCGUGACUGAACAGGUGAUAAGAUCCCUGUCAAGCAUGGCACAUCUCGGACUGUUCCAGCGGUGGACGACUGUUGAGCUGGUACUUAUCGUGUCUCGUUUCACUCUACAUCCAAAUGUAUGGAUUCGUGAAGCAGCGGUCCAGUUUAUCGAAGCAUCGUCGACCCAUGUUUCUGAUGCAGAUGUCUGGAGCAUGAUAAUGCCGCUGCUGCAGCCUGUUUUGAAGAUGCCAUCAGCUGGUCUCUCCGAAUUUGAGCUUCUGGAUGCUCUUCAAAAGCCAUUCCCUCGACCAGCAUAUGACCUAGCAAAGACAUGGGCAGAAAAGGCGGACAAGAGCCUUUUCUGGAAACAUGCACAACAAGUUAAGAGUUUCUCUUUCGAAGCAGGCAGUAACAAAACUCUGACCGACUUUUACCAUGACGGCGAUUCUCGUGUCCUGAGCAAAGCAAUGAAGAACGAGGACGAUGAACAAUGGCUUGCAAAACUUCGCGUUGCUGGCAUGCGCACUGAAGACGAGCCCAAACUUCUCGCGCUAAGGGAUUAUAUCUGGCGUACGACCAUGCGCUCUGAUAAAGAGGUCACCAAGCAGAACGACUCUCAACUUAACCAGAUUGUUUCCUUGAGUGCCAUACAAGUACCCUUGCAGAAUGUCUUCUUUGAAGCAGAAACUGUUUCUUACCAAUCGUACCACCCUCAAACAAAUCUCACGCAGCCAACCGUCAAAACAUCACUCGAGGAAGCUCUACGUGAUGCUGCCACACCUGCAGAGCGAGAUGCUAAGAAUCUGUUCAACCCAGCAAGAGGCAAGCCAUACCCAACGCAGCAAGCGCCAAGCACACCUGGACAAUCAGAAGGCUCUCGGGCUCAAGCUACGCCCAUCAACGGCAAGACACCUAGUCAUCGUAAGCAGAUGGUAAGUAUUGAUGCCCCUACGCACCUGUCGACAUCUCCGGCUUCCACCAUGUCUAUGAGAAGUGGACAUAACCAUGUGCUUCACUCAAAAUCGAGCGCGAUGAACCUCAUGAAACGCACAGAACAGACGAAGGCAUAUGCAGAAACGGGUACUGACUCGAUCAACGCUGUUGGUAAACUCGACGUUCCUGCAAAUCAAGCCUCUGCUGCGCCUUCACCAUCUGGCCAAGCUACACCCACUCCACGUCCAGCGCGGCCUAAGAUCUCAGCAACACACUCUUAUCAUGGUGGUGAUCCAACGGUCUUGAAGCUGCUAGACUCGGUGUACACUGGAGGCAAUCCUGGCAGUGAUCGUGAGUUUGGCCCUAGAGUCUCGACACGCCCUCGUGCUCGCAUGGCAACCAAGAAUGCGCCCAACCAGCAAGCGCAAGGUUACUGGAAGCCAGAGGGACAAUUGACUGCGGUUCUCGAAGAGCAUGAAGCACAAGUCAAUUGCAUCGCUGUGUCACCAGAUCAGGUAUUCUUCUUGACUGGUUCAGAGGAUGGCUCAGUAAGAGUCUGGGAUACUAGUCGCUUCGAACGCAAUAUGGCGUAUAGAUCGCGUCAAGCUCACAGGCAUGCUUCUGGCGCAUCAAUAACCAGCAUUUGCUUCGUAGAGUCUACACAUAGUUUCAUCUCGACAGCGUCAGAUGGAACGGUCGACAUUGUCAAGGUAGAGGUGACCGAAGCAAAUGGUUCACUACGCUAUGGCAAACUCCAAGUCUUGCGCAGCUGGCAGAUACCUACUAAGCCUGGACAGAAAGAGUAUGCCAUCGGUGUCGAGCACGGAAAGACAGAUGGUAGAUCAGUGUGUGUCAUAGUCACAAACCUCUGCCGCAUCCUGUUCAUCGACAUCUACUCGAUGGAAGUCAUGUAUGAGCUUGUCAAUCCGAUACAGCAUGGCACACCGACGACAUUUUGCAUAUCAAAACGAUGGCAGUGGCUUCUGGUGGGCACCUCUCACGGUGUUCUCGACAUCUGGGAUCUUCGUUUCCGUCUUCGACUUCGUGCAUGGACGGUACCACGUCCGGCACCUAUCACACGACUUACGCUCCAUCCGAGCAGGAAGGACAGCAAGCGAGUGAAGAUCUGCGUUGCUGGUCUGACAUCUCCAAGUCACGUAUCUGUAUGGGAUCUGGAAAAGCUGGUCUGCAUUGAAGUGUAUCACAUCGAUCAGACUGAUGGUAGUAGCUCACUGAAAGCAAGAGACUUCGAACUUCUGAACGUAGACGAAGACAAGUCUGGCGCCAUGCCAUCUCGCAUCCUCGGAUCUCUCGCGACAGACUCGCACCUUAGCGCUCGCCCUUCUGAUAAUGGUAAGGACAGAUCAGGUAGAGGCUCGGGCGGUAGUGCGGGUGCUGUCAAAGCAUUCAUCAUGUCAAUGCACACUUCGCCUGAUAGCUCAGAACCCCGACAUCCCUUCCUCGUUACCACAGGACCAGACUGGAAGAUCCGCUUCUGGGACACGGAUCGCAUUGCCUCAUCCAUGAUUGUCAACGACAAAGAUGACAAAGCCAGCUACACAGCCUCCAAAUUCGGCAAUGAUAUUUCCGUCUACACAGAGCAAAGUCUCAGUGAUAGCGCUUCUGAGAACAAAGGCUCUUCAAGCCCAGCUCCCAAUCGGGCAGGUACCACCUCACCUAUGUCCAACGACGCAGACAGUGAAAGAGGCAGCACAUCAAAGAGAAAGAAGGAAAGCAGAGAAGGCAAGGUUGCUAGAUAUGAAGUCAUUCGCAAGUCGGCGAAUCAGUUACUCAAGGGCCACAAGGAUACCGUUACUGCUGUUGCUUUGCUAGAGUAUCCUUUUGGCAUGAUCAUUUCUGCCGAUCGCUCUGGUGCUGUGUACAUCUUUAGAUGA